AGCAGAUGGAGGACGGGACUGAGCGAAGCAGGGAGACACACUUCUGGAAUAUACAUACAUAUAUGUGAAUAUUUACGGCGGAAGGCAGCAAUACUGGAAAAAAUAUUUCCAGCAGAGCUUUUCUUUUUGAUUCCGUUCUGGGAGAGAAUGAGAUAUUGUUUCAAAGGAACUUACAACUGAUUCAGUUUUUCCAACAAGUUGUCUCCUCUCUCGUCAUGAGGUCAAUGGUCCUGGCCUUCUUCUGCCUGCUAUGCUGCAGCGCGGCGCGUCCAGAGAGACGCCGUCCCAAAUUGGUCCUGGUCAAACGACGAAAUGACACAAUCAUCCAGAACAACACACCGGAGAAUCCAUGUAAAGCCACAGCGCUGGAUUUCGUCUUCGUCAUUGACAGCUCCAGGAGCAUCCGACCUGAAGACUACGACAAGGUCAAGACCUUCAUCAUCAACCUGCUGCAGUUUCUCGAUGUUGGCCUCAACUCCACCCGCGUGGGGCUGCUGCAGUAUGGCAGCGUGGUCCAGCCUGAGUUCUCCCUUAACACCCACACCUCCAAAGCCCAGGUGGAGGAGGCUGUGAGAAACAUGCAGCAUCUGGCCACCGGCACCAUGACCGGCUUGGCCAUCCAGUACACCAUGGAGGUGGCGUUCACCGAGGAGCAGGGGGCCCGACCAAAGAGCCUGCAAAUCCCUCGGAUCGCUAUGGUCGUGACGGACGGGAGACCUCAGGACACGGUGGAGGAGAUCGCGGCUGAAGCAAGGGAGGCCGGCAUCCAGAUUUUUGCUAUCGGAGUGGGACGGGUGGAGAUGAAGACCCUGAAGGCCAUAGGAAGCCAGCCCCACUCUGAGCACGUCCAUCUGGUGGCCAAUUUUAGUCAGAUAGAAACCCUGAUCUCAGUGUUUAAGUCCAAGCUGUGUGGAGGUUCAGACAUGUGCAAGGUGGUGGAGCAUCAGUGCCAGCACAUCUGUGUGAGCAGUCCCGCCUCCUACAGGUGCAGGUGCCGAAAAGGCUUCACUCUCAACCCGGAUGGGAAGACGUGUAAAGCUGAGGAUAUGUGCGCCGCGGCGGACCACGGCUGUGAUCACAUCUGUGUCAACCUGGCUGAUGGCUACGAGUGUCGCUGUCGUCCAGGUUAUGAGCUCACCAUUGACCUGAAGACAUGCAACAGAAUAGAUUACUGUGACCUGGGAAACCACGGCUGUGAGCACAACUGUGUCAGCUUACCGGGAUCCUACAUCUGCAGCUGUAAGAAAGGCUUCGUCCUGAACGCAGACGGAAAGACUUGCAGCCAGAUUGAUCACUGCGCUGCUGGAAGCCAUGGGUGUGAACAGAAGUUUAUGAACACAGAAACCUCCUGUGUGUGUAAAUGCACAAACGGCUACACACUCAGGUCAGACGGGAAAACCUGCCAAAAGGUGGAUCCCUGUGCUGACGGCAGCCAUGGCUGUGAACAGGAGUUUGUGAGCGCCGGAGACUCGUGUGUGUGUCGAUGCAGGAAAGGCUUCACACUCAGACCAGAUGGGAAAACUUGUAAAAAGGUGGAUCCCUGUGCUGAUGGCAGCCAUGGCUGCGAACAGGAGUUUGUGAGCGCUGGAGACUCGUGUGUGUGUCGAUGCAGGAAAGGCUUCACACUCAGACCAGAUGGGAAAACUUGUAAAAAGAUAGAGCACUGCCUUGACGGGAAUGACGGCUGUGAGCAGGAGUUCAUAAAUACGGAAAAUUCAUGUGUGUGUAAAUGCAGAGAAGGAUACACUCUGAGAAAAGAUGGGAAGACAUGUCAGA